UUCAUCUACCAAGAAGCAAGUAAUCUGAUCCCCUUCGACACUAACAGACUAGAGAGCCCAGAUACUGUAGUUUCUGGAAAAAUAUGCAUAGACUUCUGGUACUACAUGUUUGGAUCAGAAGAGAUGAAUGAGCUGAGAGUGCUUGUCCAAGAUGGCACAGAGGAGUCUGUGGUGUGGCAUAGGAAGGGAAACCAGAGUUCCUUGUGGAAAUAUGGUGCCAUCACUCACACUUUUCCAACACAGAGAAAGAUAAAGGUAAUUUUUGAGGCUGUUCGAGGACUGACAGAGUUUGGGGAUACAGCACUGGACAAUGUGAGAGUAAGGGAUGGACCCUGUGAAGCUGUCCCUACACCUGUACCACCAAUACCUACACCAACAGAACCUACACCACUUCCAGUGACAGAAGCUAUUUGCAGUAUACAUGGGGAUCCCCACUACAACACCUUUGACAAGCAGCGUCAUGACUUCAUGGGCACCUGUACCUACACCCUCUCCAAGCUGUGUGACAGCAACAGCUCUCUGCCCUACUUCAACGUGGAAGCAGCCAAUGAGCACAGGGGAGGCAACACCCGUGUGUCCUAUGUCCAGUAUGUGGAUAUUGAUGUCUAUGGCUACAGGAUCAACCUUGGUCAAAAAAGAGUUGUUAAGGUCAAUGGAGUCAGCCAGGUGAUCCCUGUGACCGUGGUCCCAGGUGUCAGUAUUUUCUUCAGUGGGCAGUAUGUUGUGGUUACUACUGACUUCGGGCUGCAAGUCAAAUUUGAUGGAAAUCACAGAGCAGAAAUCACUCUUCCUAGUACCUAUAUGUCUAAAGUCUGUGGAAUAUGUGGAAAUUACAAUGGGCAAAAAACAGAUGACUUUCUCAACCCAGAUGGAGAGAUGGAAGCAAACUCAACCAGCCUUGGCAACAGUUGGCAAGUUUACAAUGACUCCAGGUGUUCACCAGAUCAUGGCCAUACUCCAAACUGCACUGCUGAUGAAAAGCACAUGAUCCAAAGCAACGCAUACUGUGGUUUGAUCACAGAUCCAAAUGGUCCAUUCCAGAACUGCCACUCAGUAGUUGAUCCACAGAGUUAUUUUGAAGAUUGCCAGUAUGAUCUCUGUGAACUGCACUUGAACAAUGCAGCCCUCUGUGAAAGCCUACAGGCUUAUGCAGAUGUGUGCCAAACUGCAGGAGUCCAGCUGGAACCAUGGAGAAACACAACCUUUUGCCGUAUGUAUAAAAGAUUGUUAGAAAUUACCACUUGUCAGGAGGAUAUAACGAGGAUUUCCUGA